UUUGCAGAAGCCAAAUGACCGCAACGCCAUGACCCAACCACCCAUUGUAUACCCUUCUUUCAAGCUUUCUCCUUUCCAGCUUAUCUCUCCCUUCUCCCUCUCCGUCUCUGCAAUCCCUAAUUUUUUAAGCCAACUAAUUUCAGUAUGUUAUUUAAAAUUCAAACUUCAGUUUUACUAAAAUUUGUUCAAUAGAGUCGAAGAAAUGGCCUCUACUUACUAUUCAUAUCCUUUCUUAACUAAGGUUUCUCCAAAAUUUUCUCUUCAAAGACACUAUCAAUGUCGAGUUUCUCAAUUCUUGACUAUUAAAAGCCCUAAAGGUUGUAAUCUUGUUGCUGCAAAGCAAAGUAAAAGCAGAAUUGGACAAUUUAGGGUGUUAAAAUCGGUAGAAUUGGACCAGUACGUUACGAGUGAUGAUGAAGAAGAAAUGAGCGAAGGGUUUUUUGAGGCAAUUGAGGAAUUAGAGAGAAUGGCAAGAGAACCCUCUGAUAUUCUUGAAGAAAUGAACGAUAGGCUUUCUGCAAGAGAAUUACAAUUAGUUCUUGUUUAUUUCUCUCAAGAGGGUAGGGAUUCUUGGUGUGCUCUGGAAGUGUUUGAGUGGCUAAGAAAAGAGAACAAGGUUGAUAAGGAGACCAUGGAGCUUAUGGUUUCUAUUAUGUGUAGUUGGAUUAAGAAGUUGAUUGAAGGGGAACAUGAUACUGGUGAUGUGGUUGACUUACUAGUGGAUAUGGAUUGUGUGGGUCUAAAGCCGAGUUUUAGUAUGAUUGAAAAGGUGAUAUCUUUGUAUUGGGAUAUGGAGGAAAAAGAGGGAGCUGUUUCAUUUGUUGAAGAGGUUUUGAGACGGGGAAUUGCUUAUACGGAAGAUGGAGGACAGAAGGGAGGCCCUACUGGUUAUCUUGCAUGGAAGAUGAUGGUUGAUGGGAACUACACGGAUGCAGUUAAAUUGGUUAUCCAUCUUAGAGAAUCUGGGUUGAAGCCAGAGGUUUACUCUUAUCUUAUUGCAAUGACUUCAUGGUGUUAAAAUUGGUGCCUGUCCUAUUGUCAGUUUUUACUUUUUGCACAUUAUCUAAUUGAAGUUAAAUAUGUUUAAGGUUUUCUCUUUUCCUGUUUUACGUGAACUCAUUAAAGCAGGAAUUUCUUAUCAUGUUAGUGAUAACUUGAAGGUUUGUGUUAGGUUGAUGGGAACUACACGGAUGCAGUUAAAUUGGUUAUCCAUCUUAGAGAAUCUGGGUUGAAGCCAGAGGUUUACUCUUAUCUUAUUGCAAUGACAGCUGUAGUUAAAGAGCUAAAUGAAUUUGCAAAAGCUUUACGAAAGUUGAAAGGUUAUGCAAAAUCUGGUUUGAUAGUUGAACUUGAUGCUGAAAAUGUAAGCAUCAUUGAGGAAUAUCAGUCGGGCCUUCUAGCAGAUGGAGUAUGCUUGUCCAAUUGGGUAAUUCAGGAGGGAGGUACUUCUCUUAAUGGUGUAGUUCAUGAACGGCUUCUUGCUAUGUAUAUUUGUGCUGGUCGUGGGCCAGAUGCUGAAAGGCAGUUGUGGGAAAUGAAGCUUGUAGGUAAGGAGGCUGAUGGAGAUCUUUAUGAUAUUGUUUUAGCCAUCUGUGCUUCGCAAAAGGAGACCAGCGCCGUAGCACGUUUACUUACUAGAAUAGAGGUUACAAGCUCUUUACAAAAGAAAAAAACAUUAUCUUGGUUAUUGAGAGGUUACAUCAAGGGAGGACAUUAUGAGGAGGCUGCAGAGGCACUUACUAAAAUGCUUGAUUUGGGUUUAUCUCCAGACUAUUUGGAUAGGGUGGCUGUGCUGCAGGGAGUGAGAAAAAGAAUCCAACAAUGGGGAAAUGUGGAAUCUUAUCUUAAGCUUUGCAAGCGCCUUUCUGAUGCAAAUUUGAUUGGACCUUCUCUUGUAUAUCUGUAUAUAAAGAAAUAUAAGCUCUGGAUCAUGAAAAUGCUAUGAGCGACUCCUACAGCCUUAUGAAUUUAUAGAGCAGGCAGUUAUUCAAUGGGAGUUUUGAAGUAUAAAUUUUGUAUAGAUAUGAAUGGCAUUCCGUACAUAAGUCUUUCACGUAUAUGAAUUGGGAAUACAUGUCUAAUUUUUUGUUUUUGAGGUUAUAUUAUCGCUUGUAUAGAUGGUGGAUGUUAUAAACAUAAUAAAGAAUUUCACCACUCUGUAACUAA